AGCUGUCAUUUUCCUUAGACAAAAGAGCCCUUGAUGCAUCUGGAUGACAAUGUUGUUAGAGUGCAUUUCCUAGAUGCUGAUGGGAUCUGCAGUCCAUCUGCAUCCCAAGUCCACUCCAGUUGUGUUGGGGUGGUUAUUCCAAGGACUAUGAAACAAGGAUGACAUUUGUGAAGUGAACAAUAUUGUAUUUACGAAAAUUCCAUGUGCUAUUGAAUCUAAUAAGUACCUCAGUUUUCAAAACCCUGAAACUUAAAAAAGUAUUUUCUGCCAAAUGUAAUGCGCAGCAGCAAAAACUGUCAUCUCUUUCAUUUGACCUUUACUGUGGCCAUCUGUUUAGAAUUCCUUCAUUUAAAAUCAAAAGUGUUAGGACACCAAAGCAUUCAGAAAUGCAAAAGAAAACCUUGUAUCUAUACUGUAGAAUGAACACACUGUAACUGCCCUGGAUCAAUGGGAUAGAAUUUUGCGGGCUGUAGUUUUACAAGACCUUGAGCCUUCUUUGCCAAAGAAUGUGGAUGUCUCACCAAACUACAAAUCCCGGCAUUGCAUAACAUAGCAUUGAGCCGUAGUCAUUGAAUUAGAGAUGGUGUCCCUCAAAGAGGAGCUCCAGGGGCUUUUGAAGUAGCUUCCUCUUUUGCUUGGGCUCAGCACUAGGAUUACCGUGUGAUGUGAAUCUAAUGCACACCCUCAUUUUGGCAAGGUAAUUUAGCCAAAAUAGGUGAGCAUUAGAGUAAAUAGGGUAUAUGGGCAGCUUGUGCGAUAGCUUAAUCCGCUUGAACUCCCCCCCCCCUCCCACACACACACUUUUUUACUGUUAUUCACCACAACUGAGGUCCUAAUAAGGGAUUGCUUCUCCAGUCUUCUGUUGGGACCAGCACGCACAAAGAGACAAAAAAAGCUGGAUCCAAGGCUAGAAUUUGUGCCGGAGGCCUGGAGACAGCUGUCCGCUGGAUAAUAUUUGCUUAAACUGAGAGCAUCUUGUAAUUCUGUGUUCCUCAUCAGAGAGGCGUAGCCUGGUAGGAAGGUGUCUGGAGGAUGACAAGUUGCGACUUGCGAAGAGGGUGUGACACAUGGAAUUAUUCAGUGUGACUUAGCUGCUUGCAUAGAAAGGGACAAGAUAUGGAGAAGGGGGGGGGGAUGUAAUUUAGAAUUCCGUUCAAUGUUUUUGGGCUGAGCUUUUGUGGAUUUCAAUCCGUUUCUUCAGCUGCAUUAAUAUGCAAUAUAAGCAAUUGUGUUGAAUAGAAUCAGACUGUAACAGGAUUCAGAAAGAUGCCAUAAAACCUCCAGAGUGUUGUGUAAGACGAUCUGAAACCCAUGAAUCGUGCAAAAAAGAGCCUAAGGAAAGCAGUAUUUAAAGGACUGCUACUUCCCUCCUAUUUCCCUUUUUUGUGCUACAAUAGACUAACGCUACCGUCUCUCAGGAAAUUAGCUUUUCACGAUAAUACAAGGCCUGGUACAGUGCUGUAUGCUUUGAGCUUGUCCUGAACUACUGAUCCGUAGUAAUUCAAUGCUCAGUAGCCUACCUUUCCCUUCAUUCCUUCCAGACUCCUUAAGGCCCCUUGACAUCUGUUGGAGGCACGUCUUCCCUCCCUUUCAGUUCAGGGCCUGGUCAGGUGAAUGCUGCUUUCAUAAUAAUACAGCAUUCAAGCUCAAAGAAGCAGUCCUUUGCAGAAAAAGCCUUCCUGCGCUUCUAUUCUGGUCGCUUUACGCAAGAAGCCCAACUGGUAAAUGGCUGUUUGAAUGGUCUAAAUAUUUCAUCCUCCCCACCCCCCUCUUUGUAAUGACUUUGGGAGCAGAGCAGUUCGAACAAGUGCAAUCAAGGAAAGGAAAUAGCUGUCAUUACUGCUCUCUGCUAAAAUUGGAAUGAGGGGAAGAGCAGCAGCGGAAUUGAGCAGCGUGUCCUUGAUGCAAAAUCAGGGUGACCAUUUAUCUAAGUGUCCUUCCUGGUUUUGAGAAACAUCAUGGCAAUGUGACACAAUUGGCACUUGAAUAGAGUAGGGUCAUCCAUUCGGAUGGGAUCCUUGGAGGCCAUUAUGUCUAAACCCCUUUCCCGUGAAGGGCCCCUAUUAAAGGGCUGCUGAUAGCCACCCAAAGAUUGGUUGGAUGUCAAGGGUUUUAACUUUCGGGAAGAUGUGAAUGUUCAGCCUCAAGGGUUUACAAUGGCAAGUGGUUAUAUGCCAAUUCUAAAUACACUUUCAAUCUAUGAGCAGUGGAGACUGGGGCCUUCUGUUGCCCUGAGGACUGAAUUGAUCCCAUGUUUUAAUGGCAAAAGGUGCUGGCCCUUUGCUUUAACAUUCAGUCUAAAACAUGAAAUGGGAAUAUCUGCUAUUUGGAAUGGAAGGUCUCUCUGAAAAAAUCCUGAGGUUUUUUUUAAGAAAGUUGUGAAUGUUUAGCCUCAGGGACUUACAAUGGCAAGUGAGUAUAUGCUAUUUCUAAAUAAAUUCCCCAACUGCUUUGCCAAUAAAUAUGACAUCUCUUUGGACAAGGGUUUAUAACAACAAAGGGAACAUAAGAGUAGUGUUUUUUCUAGCAACAAUAUAACAACUGCUUGGUCACUUGUACUUCCCCUAAAUAAAAUUGGCCAAAGCUAUACAUGUUGUUGUCUAUGGCCCAUUGCUUGGUGCUUUUCCAUACCUCUUGGUGCAUAUGUUGCUAUUUUAGGACAAUAGUAGUAUAUGGGACCCAAGGUUGUUUCUGUGGCCCUCAGUACUUCCAGAACCCCCAAACUGACCUUUUAUGGUCAUAAAAAGAAGACAAGUUGCCUUUAGGUGCAAGAUUUUACCCUUUAAUUAUGUUCUAAGCUUUUGAUACUGAUUAAUUGCACUUAGGAGACUUGUAUUAUAUUGCUAGAUUUAUACCAGGGAUGGGCAAGGUGUGAAAGGAUCAUUUCAUGCCCUUGACAAAACCCAUGACAAAACUCUUCCUAGCCAAUAAAAGGAGUGAAUUGCCUCCACGUGCAAGAAUUUACCUCUUAAAUACAUUAUAAGUUCUUGUAUAUUGAACAAAACUUGAGAACCAGAGGUGGACAUCCAACCAUUUGGGAUUUUUCUUGUUUUAUUUUUCAGUUGCCCACACUCUUCCAGAAAGUUCUUGGGCCUAAAAGUGCCUCCGAGACCAGCUUCACUUCUCAUAACUUUCCUUCUUCCCAAAGCUGGGAUUCAAGGAGCCUUAUAAGCGUUUACAAAAUGCAAAUGAAAGCAAAUACGGAUAAAAACGCACAGUUCUGUUUCCAAUGGCCUUGAACUGUCUGUAGAAUUAAAUACCAUUCAAAUACACUGAUUUAAAAGCAUUACAUAAACAUAGAGCAGCACAGUAUGACAAAGCGAUUGUGGAGAACAGUUUGUAAAUUUUAGCCAGUGCUUUUAAUUCGAGCUUUUGGGAAAAGGGAGUUGUGUAUUCCUCUUAAGCUGUUCCAGCGAGCUAUUGGGUUGCAAAGGUAAAAUCCUAGGGAUGGAAGGGACCCCUAGGGAUGGAAGGGAUGGAAGGGAACAUCUAUUUUGGUCCCCUUCUGCCAGGGAGGAAGGCACAAUCAAAAUCCUCCUGACAGAUGGCCAUCCAGCCUCGGCUACAAACCCCAUCCAUCUUGCACAAACAGGCUGCACAAAGCUCUGUGUUUACAGAAGAGACGGGCGAAUGUGCCUUUCUUUCUGCUUGGAAACCCGCUGGCUCCCUAGCAACUCGUUUCUUCUUCGAGAGGUUGCCAACACGACUCCCGAGUUGCAUGGGGAAAUGAAGCUGAACGAUAUGAAAUUGUCUUAUGCAUUCAGGGCUGCGGAAGAUCUAAAACUACAAUCCCCAUGACUCCAUAGCAUUUAGCCAUGGCUUCAUUCAUUCUAGAUGCAUCUCUUAUUUUAAAAAAAGGAGAGAGUUGGAACAUUUUGUUCAAUGUGAGAGUGCCUUUGCCUUCUCUCUGAGGCUGAGAGAGUGUCACUAAAUGGACUUCCACAGUCCACAGAUGUGGGCAAAACGUCAGGUGAGAAUGCUUCUGGAACAUGGCCAUACAGCCCAGAAAAUGCACAACAACCCAGUGAUUCCGGCCAUGAAAGCCUUCGACAACACAUCAUCCAGUCCAACUUUCUUCUGCCAGACAGGAAGACACCAUCAAAAUCCUCCCAUCCAAUUACUGUUGAAUCCUAGAACCCAAAAGUUGGAAUGGGAAAGUAGGAAAACUGUGAUUAAAAAAGGAUCAAAAAGGGAGAGAGAGAGAAAAACCAAAAACAAAGACAAAGUGUCCAUAAUAAUAAUAAUAACAACAACAACAACUUUAUUUUUAUACCCCGCCCCAUCUCCCCGAAGGGACUCGGGGCGGCUUACAUGGGGCCUUGCCCGAUAAAACAAUCAAAUAUCAAAACACAGCAAUAAAACAAUUAUCCAAUAAAAACAUCAAUUACAGUAAAAACAAUUGUUAAAAUCGACAUAAAACAUACAAUAUUAACACAGGAGACUAAUUCAUAGAACCCAGGCAAAGUGCAGAUACACACACACACACACACAUAUAUAUACAUACAUAUACAUACACAAAAAUCUGAACAAAUGGCGAUAUAAAAAUGCAAAAGUACUUGGCAAAGAAACACACCAAAAAGCAAAAGCAAAAAAAGCAUUAGCACUGGCAUUAGACACUUCGCGUAGAAUCGCUAGGUUAGAAGCAGCUGACAUUGGUAAUGUUCUAACAAAGAACUGCCAAAAACUGUUAACGUUAAACUAAACAGUCAUUGAUGUUAAUUUACUCUAUCUUAUAAGGUAAAACUUCAAUAAAAAUAUAUAUUUUUUAAAAAGUUGGAAUGGGUCCCUAAAGGCCAUCCAAUCCAACCCUUUUCUGCCAGGCAGGAAAACAUCAUCCGAUCCCUUCUGAGAGAUGAUUCUACAAACUUCCAUGAUGCAAUGAAUGGUGGUGGAGCAACCUUCUCUGGAAGUUUUUAAUCAGAGUCUGGAUGGCCAUCUGUCCAGAGGGCUUUGGUUGUGUGUCCCGGCUUGGAAGAACGGGGUCAGACUGGAUGUCCUUUGGGGUGUGUGUGUGCUCUCUUCCAAUCUAGGAUCCUAUGAGUCAACCCAGGCUGGAAACCAAGGCCUGGCUUGCUCCCUGGGACAUGCCAAGUCAAGCUGAUCUACCUGGGGAGCCAGUCAGGAAGAGCUAGUGCAGAGGGUGGGGCUUGGCAGGUGAAUCACUGGCUCCUGCGGGAAGGAGAAGGUGGAGUUCGGGGCCCUUUUGUUCUGCAGAGCCUGGAGAGCUGGUCAGACAGGAAGAGCUGACUUCUUGCAGCAGCAGCAGGAGGAGAGGAAAGAGGAGAAGGAGCUUGGAUGGUGGUCCAGGUGUGCCAGAACCAGGCGCAUGAAUGGGGCGAUGAGGGGUCAACACUGACCGGACACCCUAGGGCAGCUUGGAUGGCCUGAUCUCACAACAACUAACAUGUGUCGCCUGGACCACCUAAACCCAAGCUGCACCCAGAAGCUCCUGAUGAAAACGGGCCUCAUCCUGAUCGUUAUCGGCCACCUCAACUUCAUCACUGGGGCUUUGGUCCAUGGCACGGUGCUGCGCCACAUCGCCAACCCCAGGGACACCAUCUCCUUGCAAUACGCCGUCUCCAACAUCGUGACCGUUGUCUCUGCCAUCUUGACGAUCUCCUGUGGCAUUGCAGCCAUUGUACUCUCUCGAUACAUCUCCCGGAAACCGCUGGCAUGGGCCGUCUUCUCCCUGAGCGUGGGCAGCACCCUGCUCUCGCUUUUCUGCUCUGCGGGGCUGGCGGUGGCCAUCGUGGUGACCUUCGCCAACCAAGGCCGUACCCUCUUGGAGCUCUGCACCUUCGCCAACGUGGACCUCAUCCAGAUCUCCCAUGAGUGCCCUUUCGAUCCCACCCGUGUCUAUAGCUCUGCCUUGGCCCUUUGGGGACUUUCCUUCCUCCUGGACUCCAUUGAGAUCAUCUUCAGCGUCCGUUGCUUUCUCAUUGUUUCGGGGCUCCUCAACCUGAAGUUCUGUUGCAAAGGGACGCGGAAGAAGAAGGUCUCGCUGCAGCUGGUCCCAGUGGAGAACAGAGACGCCAGCGAAGGACGGGAUCUUUUGAGGUUGGAGCGAGUGGAGACUGUUUGGUUGUAGGUGCCAAUAACUGCAGCCAAGAAAAGAUCUCGGACAAUGCAAAGACACAGCCUUGAGGCCGUCUCACUCCGAAAAAGUCAGGAAGGAAAUAUAGCGGACAUUCGCAUCCGCUGGGGUUUGCUCCCAGGAUACCAAAAAUCUGUGAAUGUCCCGGUCCCAGAAUUAUAUACAUCAUAUAAAAUGGGAAGUGACUCAUAUGAAUGCCAGGGAGGGAUGAAAGAGCUAUGAAAUGCUGGGAGACAUCAACAUUCAGCAAGAUCAAGACUUAGGAAAAAAUAAAAAAAAAUUAUUUGGAUGUAGAACUUAUGGAUAGGGAAGGCUCAACUUCAUUAUUGGACCAAAGUUUGGAGCUCAGCAACUAAGCCUCCGAUGGAAAACGUAGCAAAAUAUCCCUAGAUCUCACCAAAUUUUGUUCCACUCCCCUCUCUCUGUACUUUUUAUUCUUUUUAUUUUAAAUGCUUUUCAUUCUCCAGAACCGAAGGCGGAGCAGCCGCAAACCUCUGCUGCGAUGCUACGGACUUAUGCACUGAGACAAAACAACCCUUCUUGUGUUUCCUUUUCCAAAUUGUUUUUAUUUUGAAGGUAUUAAAAAGAAACAAACAGCCCCACGAUUGCCGCUGCCCGCUCCUCUCGGCAUGCACCCUGGUGAUAAGUGGAUUGUAAUAUAUAUAUUAUAUAUAUAUUAAAAAAGAUUUUUUUUCAAA